AUGGCUUCUACUACCAAUCUCUCUGCAAUCCUUCUUAUCUUCUCAGUCCUUCUCUUCUCUUCAACGUUCUCCACUGCAUGCGGUACAUGCAGACCUGCACCAGAACCACCAAAACCACCCCCAACACCACCACCACCGGCUUCUACGCCUAUAACACCCACACCUGCACCAACACCAUCAACACUGGCACCAUGUCCAAUAACACCAGUACCAGUACCAGCACCAGCACCAGCUUGGGAAACUUGCCCGAGAGACACGUUGAAGUUAGGGGUUUGUGCAAACCUUUUGGGACUUGUGAACCUUCAAAUUGGAUCGCCAGCAACCAGCCCUUGUUGUGCACUGCUUGAAGGAUUAGCUGAUUCAGAGGCUGCCCUUUGUCUUUGCACCGCACUUAAGGCCAAUGUGCUUGGUGUCAACUUGGACGUGCCAAUUGCUUUGAGCUUGCUUGUUAGUGCUUGCGAGAAAACUGUCCCUCCUGGUUUUCAAUGCGCAUAAAAUUAUUAUUCUUGUGCUUUGUUUUUAUGGUCUUAAUUAACCAGGAGUUGUUAUCCUUGUUAUUUGUUUUUUGAAGUUUUAAUUUGGUUUGUUUGCACUAUGUCUUUUGCUUAAUUUGCAUUCUAGUCAUAUAGGGCAAUGAUGCCCAGUUUGGUACAAUAACAAGACAAAUAU